AACAAAAACAGAUCAACAUACCAGGCACUUGGAGAUACCCAUCGCCCAUCCAUAUAACCCCUAUCGACCUCCUCCAUACCACAAUGGCCAUGCCGCUCCUCUCCUCCAGCGAUGCCGCGCACGUCUCCCAAGCGUGCGAGACAUACUCCAUCACCACAGCGCAAUUCAACGCGCUUCUCUCACGCAGCCAAUCCGCCAAAGCCACAGCCUACUGCCCAUACUCGCGAUUCCGCGUCGGCGCCACGAUCCUCACACACGACGGCCAGUUUAUCGACGGAGCGAAUGUCGAGAACGCAUCGUAUCCCGUAGGGACCUGCGCCGAGAGAGUUGCGUUCGGGAAGGCCGUGACGGAGGGGCAUAAGAGCUUCAAGGCGCUCGGCGUCGCGACGGAUAUCACGCCGCCGGCGAGCCCGUGUGGGAUGUGCAGGCAAUUUAUCCGCGAAUUCUGCGAUUUGAGCACGCCGAUAUUUAUGUUCGAUAAGGAUGGAUCUUUUGUGGUCAUGAGAUUGGAACAGUUACUUCCAUUAUCUUUUGGUCCUGAAGCCCUUCCUCCGCCAAGCUCCCUGCCCGCGCAAGGCUGAUCUUUGAGCAUGGAAUGGAACGAGCGCGUGAGGGCUUUCCUUGACAAUAUAGAGCAUGUGAUUCCUGGGGAGCAAUCAAAUGAUAUUUGGACCUGCCCAUUCUUGCUCGUCCCUACG